GUCUUUCUGGUUAAAAAUGAAAUAUCCUGUUACCUUUCACCUUGCAAAUCACCGUGAUGACAACCAGAAGUAGACACAAGAAUGACUAUAUCUGAUUCUCUUGUUACAUUGUGUGGAUGGGGAACUCAAUACCUACUUCAUCGGGUGUAUUAUCCAGUGAGGCAUGUACAAAAUUCAUCAUGGAUGUGGUAUCUCACAACUGUAUUGUUAUAUUCUCCAAGACUACAUGCCCUUACUGCAAAAUGGCCAAGAAUGUGUUUAAUGACAUAGGUGCUGCAUAUAAAGUGAUUGAAUUAGAUCAGCAUGAAGAUGGAAAGCAGCUCCAGGAUGUUUUAGCUGCUAUGACUGGUGAAAGGACGGUUCCAAGAGUCUUUGUUAAUGGGAAUUGCAUUGGAGGUGGUUCAGCAACGAAAGAACUCCAUCAGAAGGGGAGGCUCGUCCCUCUGAUUGAGCAGUGUGCUCCAUGCUGCACGGGGAAAGCAGAAAGCGCUGGCAGAGGUCUACCUGAAUCCCACAAAUUAUAAUUAUCUUUUACUUCAACUUCUGAUGGAAUGGAAACUUUGAAAACUUGGGUCCACGGGACUGUGUUUCUGUUAUUUGCACAUUUACAAUUUGUGUGUGUCUUUUUAAGUGAAUAUACAGGGGUUCAUAUCAUCUUGUUAUAUACAAAGUCAAGUGUAUAUCUGUUACAUUGAAAAACGUCAGACCUGUCCAUAUCUGGUUUUUCAGUCCACAUUGGCAUAGAGCAGUAUGUUACACUGCUGAGAAAAAUUAUAUUUAAAAAGUAAAUUCAUUACAGUUUUAGCGUACUUGUUUAAGUGAUUACAUUUUUAAAUUAAGAUCUUGUGGAAAAAUACAUUUAAAAGCAUGUAUAGUUUACGUGUGUAUAGAUUAAAUGUAAAGUACGGUAUUACUUCUUUAAAGCUGUUUCUCCCAAAUUCUUACUAAUUUAAGUAAUCCCUGUAAAUUGGUCACUAUGAUGUAUUACUUUUUUAAAAAAGUAACGUCUAGUAAUCAAGAUAAUAAUAAGUAAGGAAAAUUAAGGAAUUAUUAUGUUUAUAAAAUUAUAAGCAAUUAAUGCAAUGAAUCUCCCUGCCUGUCUUUUCAACUUCUUCUUCAUAUUUGACCUUGGUAUCAGUUUUAUCUUGUUAUCCAACUCAGCUUUCGUAAAAAUGUGAAUAUGUUAAUAGACGCUAUCAUUACCAUUGGUGAGUCAUGCCUUUUUUUUCCCCUAUAUUGUACAUCUGUGAACAUCUAAAAUGCCUGGCAGUAGUUUCCAUCCACUUCAAAUAAUGUCCCAUUUUGUCAGCAAAAACUGCCAAGGAAAAAUUAAAAAACUAAAAAUUUAUUUUUUUAAACUAUUCACACCUGUGAGUGAGUACUUGUCAGAAGCUUAUUUAGCAGCAAUUAUAAUUGCAAUUAAGUCUGGAGAAGUCGACCACUGCCCACCAGCAUGGUGAAUUCUGUUCUAUUCUUGUUUGCAAACUUGUUCAAGUUCUGUCAAGUUUAGUUGGGCAUUUUUAAUGUACAGCAAUGUUCUUGCCACAGAAAGUCUGCUGGAUUCAAGUCAGGGCUUUGACAGCAUUAUUAAAGGAUUCAUUUUCUUUUUGUCAAGC